UGUGAAUGGAUGCACAAAUCAAAUCACUUUUUGAGAUUUAUUAAACGAGAUAUCAAGGUUUAUGUUUACUGACUCUGUGUGACAAACAAAACAAUUGACAAUAUUAUCUAAUUAACACCCAUAAUCAGGAACUUUCACUAUAAAAAUAUUUCCUAAACUAAUUUGAUAUAAAUAAUGUGAUUUCAUUUUGUUUUAAAAAAUCACAAAUUGGUAAUUAUUAUAAUAGUUUGCAAAAUCACAGCAAUGUCUGCUAACGGGAAGAUGGUCAACUUUUUUGUAUUCAUAAACAUCUUAAUCAUUUCUAUCAUCUGUGUUAACAGUUUCCAAACGAAACCAGCAAUCUAUUUAACACCUCUAAUUGAAUCGGGUCGCAUUGCUGAGGCUCGUCUUCAGUCCAGAGUUGAUAAUCUUCCAAAUGCUCCUCAAAUUGAAAGUUACUCUGGUUAUUUAACCAUCAAUAAAGAGAUUGGAAGCAAUCUUUUUUUCUGGUUCUUUCCCUCAAAGAACACAUCAGCUCCAGUUGGACUUUGGCUACAAGGUGGACCAGGAGCACCAUCAACCUAUGGUUUAUUCAAUGAAAAUGGACCCUUCAAAGUGGACGCUAACCUGAAUGUUACUCUUCGAGAGUAUUCAUGGACAAACCUAUUUUCAUAUCUUUACAUCGACCAACCUGUUGGUACUGGAUUUUCAUAUACAGAGGAUAAAAUGGGUUAUGUAACCAAUCAAGCUCAGGUUGGAAGUGAUUUGUAUCAAGCAUUGGUACAAUUUUUCACGCUAUUUCCCGAAUGGAGACCAAACGAUUUUUACAUUACUGGUGAAUCUUAUGCUGGUAAAUAUAUACCAGCCAUUGGAUACAAGUUACACCAGGAGAGGGAAUCAUCGGGAAUCAAUUUGAAAGGUAUUGCCAUUGGUGAUGGUCUUGUUGAUGGUGCCUUGAUGUUUAGAUAUGCUGAUAUGCUCUAUCAGUUGGGUUUGUUUGAUUAUUUUACUGCCGAGAAGGGAAGAGCUCUUGAGCGAGCAGUUCGAAAGGCUGCUGCUGAGGAACGAUGGCUCGAUUGUUUCCAUUUACAGGAUGCUUACUUGGGUGGUGAUGAAACAACUUCACUAUUUUUCAACGUUACAGGGAUCACCAAUGUUUACAAUUCACUAUUGACUGUUGAACCUAAAGAAUUAUCCUAUUCAGAUUCAUAUCUAGCUCUAAAAGAGGUUAGAGAGGCCAUCCAUGUUGGUAAUAGGACAGCUAAUCCAGGUAAAAUUGUUUUUGACCAUUUGAAAGAGGAUAUUUGCCAGUCAGUUUCUCAUUGGUUAGAACAGCUGAUGGACAAUGGAUACCAAGUUUUACUUUACAGUGGAUCACUUGACAUAAUUGUAGGAGCUUCUUGCACGGAAACUUUAAUCCAAACCCUGAAAUGGAAAGGAGGAAUAGGAUACAAACUUUCACCGAGAAAAAUUUGGAAACUUGAAGGUGAAGCAGUUGAUGUAGCUGGUUACAUUACAUCAUUUGAAAACUUCCAUUACGCUGUCGUCCGAAACUCUGGGCAUAUGGUUCCAUAUGACCAACCUAAAGCUGCUUUUGAAUUGAUCACAAAAUUUGUCAACCAAAAUCUCUAAAUACACUGUCAAUACAAAAUUGAAAUUAUUGUCAGUCAUUCGAUAAACAGCUGAUAUUUCAUGCUUCAAAAGAGGCGCUCAAACUAUUAAAUCUGAUGCAAUCUUAUUAUUAAUGAUAAUGAUCAUUUUCAUUCUCUGUAAAAUGAUAAAGAACUGUAACAAUUCCGUAUUUUUGAUAUGAAUAUGAUAAAAUAAUGUGUGCAAAUGCAAUUUGCCCUCGAUCAUUAGAUGA